AGGGGAUCAAAAUCCAGUCAAAAGUCUGAGAACGAACCUGAUCAAAAAUCCCCCAAAAGAAAGAUCCACUCUCACUCUAAGAAACUGCAGAUGGAUGCCCUACGGUUGCGGAUACGAUACCACCACUACAACACUACGUUGAGUGCCCCCAGUCACUCCUUGUUGAAGCAGAUAUCAGUGGAGAAGAGGGCGGGGUUUACUCGGUAUAAUCUGGAUAAGGAGCACAAUCGACAGGGUGAUAUGAGAGGGUGGACGAAGGUGGACAACACGAACUACAGACAAUGCAAAUCCUAUCCUCCUUUGUUCUACGUACCGGUCCAAGCUGGCUCUUCUCUUGUUAGUGUCAUCAUGUUCCGGUCGAAAGGGAGGAUUCCGGCUCUUAGCUGGCUAAAUAACUCAGGAGCGAUUCUGAUGCGAAGUGCACAGCCACGAACAGGCAUCCUACAGAAAAACUGCAAAGAAGAUGAACUCUUUCUGGAAUCUGUCCAGACGCUCUCUAGAAAUAAAAGUGGGAAAGAUCUCCCUUUCAUGAUAUUCGAUGCAAGGUCUAAGAUCGCAGCUAGAGGAAACCAAAUGAAAGGAAAAGGAAUGGAAAACGUCGCCAACUACGAAAACACAAAACUAAACUUCCUUGACAUGGCCAAUAUCCACGCUAUCCGGGACAGCUUCGAGAAAGUCACUGCUAUGUGCAAUGCUCCGAGCAACACCAAAUGGGAGACCCGCCUGGAGCAGUCUCAGUGGUUACUGCACGUGCAGAGUGUGGUGCGCGGCGCGUAUUUCGUGAGUCAGCACUUAGUGGCGGGUGGUGCGGCACUGGUGCACUGUUCGGACGGAUGGGAUAGAACGAGUCAGCUAACUUCACUGUCACUGUUACUAGUAGACCCUUACUAUCGUACAUAUUCCGGCUUCCAAGUACUUGUUGAGAGGGAGUGGCUGAGUUUUGGGCACAGGUUCCACGACAGACUGGGUAUGGCCCACCCCAGCCAGAAAUCUCCAAUAUUCCUCCUCUUCCUGGACGCAGUCCACCAGUUCUUAGUCCAGUUCCCUGACGUGUUUGAGUUUACUCAGGAGUACCUGACUGUUUUGUGUGACCUGUUCAGCAGCGGCUGGACCACCACCUUCCUCAGGAACUGUCCUCAAGAGCGCUCCUCCGCAGACAGGCUCCAGCUGUGGGACGUGCUGGACGCCAUGAGAACUGAGCUUACAAACGAGCGAUAUUAUCUUAGUACAGACCCUAUAAACCCACGGGUAUCACUCCGUCACAUGGUGUUGUGGCGGGAAUAUUUCCUGCGAUUUGAUUGGUGGAGAGAAACGCUUGCGGAGGAUCGACAGGGACCGGUAGUGUGGGUACCGGAUCACGCCGUCCAGAAUUGUCACCUCUGCCAUGAGAGGUUUAACGCGCUGAAGUUCAAGAGAAAACACCACUGUAGAUCGUGCGGGAAUAUUUUUUGCGGGAAUUGUGCGAGUAAAAGAAUUUGUAUACCUCUGAAAAACUACACCACGCCUGUGUUGGUUUGUGAUAAGUGUUAUCAGGAGCACACGACAUCUCCAUAGUGAUCACGUGAUCUCCAUAGUGAUCACGUGAUCUCCAUAGUGACCACGUGAUCUCCAUAGUGAUCACGUGAUCAGUGAUUGAAGCCAGACAAUGAUAUUAGCUGAUCAUUGAUUGUGUAUUUUCUUACGAAUUGUUUUUGUUUAAAAAUCAGAAUUUAUUUUACAGACUGUUUAAUUUUUCUAGCUGAUUGAUUUAGUUUAGUUUGGGAAAUGUUUUGACGAUGAUAGUGUAGUUGUAAAACAUUUUGCUGAAAUGUUAAAAGUUUGUGGGUAAGAUUUACGACGAAUGAAUUGCUGCAAGUUUUACUG